AUGGACGCCAUUUUCGGCAACAUAGUCUUGGAUAGACUGCUUUCACAGCCAUUGGUAUUUGGCCUAGGAGUCGUCGGUGUUGUGCUUGUUGUCCUUAGCAUCAGUGUUCGUGGUCUUCAGCGGAGGUACGCCUUCUGUAACGACCAGGGCAAACUCAUCAAAGAGCUCAAGAUCACUGAUCUGCGUCUCAAACUGCUACAAAGUGCACACAUCUCGCAGCAGGGUCGAGCCUUAGCAGGCACCGAACCGUACCUCAUCACCUGUGGAAAAUAUCAGGAACUGGUCAUUAGUCAACCAGCACACGUUCACGACUUUUACCGCAGCGACUACAAAGUUCAUGGAAAACCGCCCAACUUCAAUUUUGGCGGCUUGUUCGGCCGAUUUAUGGGAACAGCCGUAGGACUUCGAUACGGCGAGGAGUGGCGAAAGAUCCGCCUGCAUUUCGAUCCCCCGUUCAAGUUUCACGAAGCACUCUAUUGGCAGUUGCUCGAGCUCAGCCACUUGCACGAUCAAGCUGUCCAUGAUAUUCUGACCUGUAAGAGCCAUGAAUCAAGAUAUUGGACCUUAUUUCCGACAUCGGUCCGCAAAUCUGUGGACAAGUUCCUGUCGGAGUGGCGGGGUCUCAAUCGAGCCGUCAUUCACAACGCUCGGGGUGGCAAGUGGGAAUGCCCGGUUGAAGAAAUCGCUCGCGGCUUCGAUCCGUUGAAGGAUAUGACGGAGGAAGAUUUCCUGUCAACACUUGGCGAGGUGCUUUUUGCCAACGUCGAUGUCAGCGCCUCCGUCUUGAGCACGACCAUAACAAACCUCGCCGCGAACCCGUCAAUCCAGAGCGAACUUCGAUCUGAGAUCAGUAAAUGGAAGUCACAAGACGAGGGAGAUUUCUCCAAGUACCUGACCAACAGCGGCACCCUCCUGCACCGGGUCACCAUGGAAAGCAUGCGACUGAGCCCGGCGUUUUGGUUCUCCAUGCCCGAAACCACAGGCGAAGCCAAACAGAUCGGCGGAUACCACGUCCCGGCCAACACAACCGUCAUCAUCGACAAUCGACGCCUCAACGAAGAAGCCGUGACCUGGGGAGACGAUGGCGCACAAUAUCGCCCGGAUCGGUUCCUGGAAGUGGCCCCUCAAGCGUUGCGAUGCGGCUUUAUGCGCUAUGGCACGAGCGCAGCUUCGGGUCGCUGCUUGGGCAAACAUCUCGCAGAUCUGAUUUUCAAGUUGACGACCGUGGCUGUUGUCGAGCGUUUUCGGUUGGAGAGUCUGGCUGUCGGCGAGAAGCAGCUAGGGUUUCAGAAUCGGGAUGCUGCUGAUGUACGGUUGAUCAAAAUCUGA